AUGUUCUUUUAUAUAGUACACUCUAUACCAAAUGAUACUCUAGUACUCUCUUUUCGCUCUUUUUGUAUUUCUUAUCUUCUUUGUAUAUUAUUUGUUAAACACUUCCCUUCCCUAUCAGUGUAUGCAUGGUUCUCUAGAAUGUGCUGCUUUUCUGAUUUUCCUGUGCUUUAUCCUUUUUUUACAAAUAAUAUCCAUUCUUUUUUAUAUUUACAUGUACUGUAUGGAAGAGAUAUUUUUUGCAAAUGUAGAAAAGUAAAGAAAAGUAGAGAUGUAUAUUGGCCUAGAAGAGAAAAAGAAAAUAGGCACAAAAUAGGACAGAAGCAAUUGGAUAUAAUAUUAUCAUUUAUUUUCUUGAAUGUGUCAACAUCUAGAGCCAUUGGGUGA